UAGCAAUUUACGAACCUGUUUGGUUUUACUUAUUGGUUGUCCCCGAAGGUAUACAACGACCGGCAGGUGUCUGUGUAUAACUGUCUUUACUAGAACCUAACUGGAAUAUCAAUAUUGUACAUUUGGCAUGAGACGAUAUCAGAACCUCCUCAUAUUAUAUAUUGUGUAAUUGUUCCUAUUUACAAUGGAUAAAGUUCCACACAGACAACAAUAUCAUGUACAUGUGUAUUUGACAACAUUGGACGGCAACACCUAACAUGCUCGUUAUUGGAAAGUUUAGUUUGCCUACCUAACAGGAGAUAAAUCCACUCAACAACUAUGGGAUGUGGAUCCUCAAAAUCGGAAUUUGUCAAAGUUGUGAAUGCUCCCUCUACCUCCACUUCGACAACGGAAAAACCAGAACGUCAUGUUCACUUCCCAGACCCUGAAUUUGUUCUCCAUAAGAUACCAGAUACCAGACAAAAUGGUGUUAAUCAUAACAAUAACGACAACAGACCGGUUUUCAAACGUGUUCAGUCGCCAAAAAUUCCGGGCAACUCACGUGCAGCUAAUUUUAAGAUGGCGCCUGCUUUGGUACCGACUUCACCUAAGUUGACCGUGCCGAGGAAGAGGCCUAAAGUAACAUUGCCGGAUGUAGAGCUUCCCCCGCCACGCCCACCCGCCACUAAGCGGGAGGACAUCAUUCCAGACGUCACCGCUUUCAAUAAAGUAGACGAUCAUGCUCUAACCGCUCCGAGAUCAAUGGAAGGAUCAGUAGAGAUCCUAGCAAGAUACCUUGUGUUACCGGCACGAUCUGACCUUGAGAAAGUCCGAGGAUUUUACAGAUGGAUCACAAACAAUAUAGCGUACGACACUGACUCACAUUUCCUCGGGAAACGGAAGCCGGUGGAUGCCGAGUCUGUUCUGAGGCUGAAGAGGGCAGUUAGUUCGGGUUACUCCAACCUUUUUGCUGGGCUAUGCAGAGUUGCAAGGAUCCCGGCAAAGUGUAUCCAUGGGUUUGCAAAGGGCUUCGACUACAACCCUUUUGAGAACUUCCAUGAACUCGACUCCACGAAUCACUCGUGGAAUGCAGUGUACGUACAAGAUGACUGGCGUCUGGUCGAAUGUUCCUGGGGCGCGGGGCAUCUUGACUCAAACAAAAAGUUCAUGUACGCAUACAAAGAGUUUUAUUUUAUGCCGAACCCAGAAGAUGUUAUAUUCGCGCACUUUCCAUGUGUAGGUACUGAUCUGGAGGAGAGCAAACCCUGGCAGCUUCUUGAGGAACCAGUGGACUUAGGAAAGUUCAACAAGGUUUUAAAACCUGUGUACAGGGCCAUUGAAUGGGGAGUGCAAUUCGUUUCCCAUAAAAUAUGUGUGUUAGACGUCUGGAAAAAGGUCAAUGUUACCAUUGAGAGUGGGGAUAGUGUCUCUUUAGGAGUUGUAAGUGCUCAGCUAAUUCAAAACGAAAAAGAGAUCCGACAUCAUGUCAUGGUUUUGAAAUUAUCUGAUGGCAAGUUUCAAGUGACGGUUCGUCCGCCUACAAAAGGUAAAUACAUUUUGAAAAUUCUUGGUAAUAUUGAUCCUGACGCUACGGAGACUUUGGGCCUUGUGGAAUACUACCUCCGGUGUCAUGAAGCUAUUCCAGACUGUCAACCAUAUCCAGACCAUUUUGGGCCUUGGGGUCCUGUGACAGCAGUGAAGUCAUUCGGAUUUGUCUCCCCAGAGUCCAUAAAUCCUUCUAUUGUAACAGACAAUGGUCGGGUGGCGUUCAGCUUAGAAACAAACAGAUGUAUGGAAGCGGUCACUCGACUCAGCUACGGUUUGGGAAAUAUUGCAGAUAUUGACGACUACGCAAUGCUUGAGAGUACAGCUAAUGAAAUUCACAUAACGGCACAUUUUCCCCGAGAUGGUUUUUAUAAACUCAAGAUAAUGAGUAAGUCAGACAAGGACGAGUAUAAACAAGCCAUCAAUUACAUCAUCGAAUGUCGUAAAACUAUACAACAAUGCUCUCCUCUACCCAAGGUUUACAAGUUUGCGCGGGAAUAUCAAUGUCGUCUGCUCGAACCUUUGGAUCUUCAUGUAACAGGCAGAACUCAAAUUAAUGUGCGGUUCACAUCGGAUAAAAUAAAAGAUGCUUCGAUUCUCGGACGGAAGUUUGAAAAGGUUAAUAAUAAUGAAUGGGAAGCGAUAGUGACGACAUGUUUUCCCGGUGAGAAAUUCAUUAUCUAUGGAAGUAUAUCCGGUUCAGCUGGAUCGUUCAAGAGUUUAUAUGAAUUCAAGAUCGUCUGAACUAUUGUAAUCAUUACAGUUUAUUAUUUUAAACCAUAGUCAGUUUAUAAUGUAGUAUUCCAAUAUCUUUACAUAGACCCUCAGAAAACAACUUAAAUACUGAUACUGCCGGAUUUAUAUGAUAUCCUACUGUCAGUACUUAUGUAAGAUGCAGUAUACUGUAAAAGUGGAUAUUUUCGCGUGUGGAAAUUUUCGCUUAGCCAGCUUCCAAAGUGUUCGCGGUGUGGA